AUGCCUCCGAAACGCAAGAGGAACGAUCGCCAAUCGAUGGAAGGCGGUCGAUCUUCUCCCCAUCGACCUGGAGAAACAUCACUCGGACAGCACGAUCGCGAAGAUAACAUGUCACGUAAUCGUGGUAGAGGACCUCGAGGUCCGGGUCGACGCGACUCAUCACAAGGCCAUGGCCGAGCACCCCCGAAUCAACCCAAUCCUUCACCAUCGCAACGACGACCUGGCUCUUCACACGCACCGCCACCGCCGCCGCCGCCACCGCCAGCGAUCAAGAAGCCAACUUACGUACCACCUCCCCUAAUGAGACCACCCUCUCCGGUCCGUUCUAACUAUCGCUAUAAUAAUCUCACGGACGACAAGAUUAGCGCUUGGACCGAGGGUGGUCGGGGCGAGAUGAUUCAACAUGGAAAGCAAUCGCGAGACGAUGUCGAUAUCACCGAGUUAUCAAGCUUGUUUCAAGAAUUCGUGCAUGCAGUCGUCGAGGGUCGCUUACCACCAGCCGAUGCAGGUACCUGCGUCAAGGAAAUCCUCGGUGACGAAACGACGGAGAUUAUUAAGGAUUCAUACGCGUUCGCUCCCCACACUCUAUUUCUUGACUCUCUGUCCAUCGUUAUGGAUAACGAGCCCGCCAUUUACCGACCGACCCUCAGGGAAUUCGUUCUAACAGCUGGUGUAUCUUCAAACUUGAUGCGGCAGGUGCUCGACCCCGAAGUCUUGCAGCAGCUGGGGCUUAUCAGAGAUAAUUUCGUCAAACUGGGUAUCAAGCAGGCGACGAAUCUUCUCUAUCGACAAGCCAACUACAACUUGCUUCGCGAGGAAACCGAAGGAUACUCCAAACUCAUCACAGAACUAUUUACAACUAGCAGUGUAGCGCCUCCCCCUCCAGAAAUGGCCGAACAAACCUUUGAACGAAUCAAGGCACUGAUAGGAACUUUUGAUCUCGACGUCGGAAGAGUUUUGGAUGUGACUCUUGACGUUGCAGCUGCUGUGCUGAUCAAGCAGUUCAAGUUCUUUGUCAAAUUUCUUCGAGUUAGCUCUUGGUGGCCACGCUCUCAUCUCAAAUUCAGUGCUGCAGUCUACGUGGGCGGCCUGCCUUUGUGGGCUACACCAGAGUACUCGCAGUGGACAACAACAGAAGAGGACGAGAAGGUUUUGGAGGAUAGAAAACGAGUUCGUGAUAUUGCAUUCUGGAGCCGAGCUCGGGAAGUGCAUGUUGCAGCAUUCUUUGAGUUGGGCGGCCGGCAAGUGGCAGAUUCCGACUCUCAGCAACUUAUCAUUACAAACGGAUCCCCAGGCGAAGACGCUGCGGCUGAUAUUGAACGACAAUGGGUACAAGAAACCAAGACCCUACCACCUCCAGGCAACCGUACAGCGGCGCAGCUUCUUGGCUUCAAGUUGCGUUUCUACAACUCGGACGCUAGAGACGAAUCAGAUGUCCUUCCUGCGAACUUGCUCUAUCUGGCGGCCCUUCUCAUCAAGAUUGGCUUCAUUUCGCUGACUGACCUCUAUCCACAUCUCUCACCAGCUGAUGAAGAUAUGGAAACGAUUCGCGAGAAGGAAUUGAAGCGAAUUGAAGAGGCAGAACGAACCGCCAAAGGUGGGCCGAUGAACGCUCUUCUCAUGGCUGGUGUCUUACCCCAGGGUGACGACGACAAUCCAAACGGCUCGAAUCUUCCUCGACGGGAGCUUCCCAAUAAGGCCGAGGCAGACGCUAAAGAAGCUGCUGCAGAGGCGGCAGACAACAAACCAAAGUUGCCUGAGCCCCUGGAACAGAAGGUGGCGCUGCUCACCCAAUUGUUGACUAUUGGUGCCAUUCCCGAAUCGCUAUUCAUUCUCGGCCGCUUCCCCUGGAUACCCGAAGUCUUUCCCGAAGUGCUAGAAAGAAUCCAUCGCAUCCUGCACUAUUCUGUCGACAAAGUCUUUCACGAUAGUCGACCUAUUGUGGUAGGCGAACCUGGCUGUCCGACCAAACUCGUCCCCGAUUUUGACCAAUCUGGGCUUCCCAAAGGCAGCGUCCGUCUAAGCAGAUUGACAACCCGAAAAUCACUUAGAUGGCCAUUUCCAGACAAGAUCGACACCAACGAGUCGCAGAAUUACCGGUAUUAUUGGGAUGAAUGGGCGGACAAUAUCCCUGUUUGCCAAACCGUGGACGAUAUCUUCACCUUGUGUGGGACACUGCUCAACAUUUCCGGUGUCAACAUUGGCAAGGAUGAGGCGCUCUUGACCAAGUUGGCCAGAAUUGGAGCCAAGAGUCUUGGAGACGAUAGGUCCGGGAACAACCUCACUCGAUGGCACGAUCUCCUACGACGGCUUUUGUUGCCAGCGUUGAGCCACACCAAGGCUAACGCCUCCGCUGUCAAUGCAAUUUGGGAACUUAUGAGGCAUUACCCUAUGACUACUCGCUAUUCCAUGUAUGCUGAGUGGUUCGAGGGUCAAAUAUCCCGACUGCCUGCUAUGAAGGUAGCUUUUGCAAAGGCAACAUCGGAGACUCGGGGCACCAUGAAGCGAGUUUCCCUUACCAACCUGAGCGAAAUGGCCAAGCAACUCGCCAAGACCAGCUACUCAUCUCCUGGCAUUGUGUUCCGAGUUGCUUUCGAACAAUUGGAAUCCUACCCAAACCUGAUUGACGCCUUCGUGGAGUGUGCAAAGUACUUCACAGACCUGUCCUACGAUGUGCUUGUGUGGUCCCUGAUGAGCUCUCUCGGAAAAUCGAGGAGCCGUACUCAAGCUGAACACGCCCUCACUACCAGUAAAUGGUUGCAAGCCUUGUCAAGAUUCUCCGGUAGAGUCUUCCGACGAUACACUGUAUUGAACGCUACACCAGUUCUUCAAUAUGUCAACGACCAGCUUAUCAAGGGUAACUCUACUGACCUUAUCAUCCUCAAGGAGCUCAUCACUUCCAUGGGUGGAAUUGUGGAUUCGGUUGAUUUCACGGAUCAUCAAAUCAUGUCAAUGGCUGGAGGCGAAUGCCUGCGGCGACAUACUCUAAUUCGUGGCCAGGAUAAGCGAUUUGACAGCAUCAAAAGCUCAAGGCGUCUUGUCCAAGCUUUGAUGGACUCCAAGCUUGCUGCACAGCUUCUUAUCAGCCUAGCGCAAUACCGACAAGCAGCACUUUUCCAAGUGCCAGAGGAUGAAGCUCACAUCAAGUAUCUUUCCUCCAUGAUUGACGAUUCUCACCGCAUUUUGAUCCAAUACCUGGACCUCCUCUGGAGCAACAUGGAACCGGCCAGCUUUGACAACCUUGUUCCCUCCAUUCCCGAACUCAUCAAUUCGUACGGUCUCGAUGUCGGUCUAGCUUUCAUGAUAGGCAGAGCAAAUCUUGCCCACCGCAUGUUCCCUUGGAAGCAAAAGAAGAUCGAAGAGACCAAAGAGAAGGCCCAAAUUGCUCAAUCUACAGACAAGGAAGGGGACGUGACCAUGUCCAAUACGCCCGUUACAAAUGGCGGCAACGAUACACCCGGCCAAGAGACACCACAGGCCGACGACCAGGUGGGUUCCCAAGAUACAACAACGCGGAACCCCUCCACUAACCUGCCGCAGACACAAAAGUCUGAAGAUAAUUCUCUCAUCAAAUCAGCACUACAGCCCCUGGUGGAAACCAUUCAAGAUGCUGCCCGCCCUGAGACCUGGCAGAAGAUUACCCCAGAUCUCUAUGUUACCUUCUGGGCUCUUCAGCUGGGCGAUCUCUACUGCCCUGAUAAGAUCUACAAGCAAGAGAAAGACCGUCUCAGAGCCGAAGACCUUGCUAUUACACGAGAUCGCAGCGACAUGUCACGAAGAGGACAAGAACGCAAAAUGGAAAAGCGAAAGGAGCUUAUGCAGCUUCAGAUCGGCCUUUCCGAGGAAUGCGGCGAACACCUCCUGCGACAGGCGAAGUGGAAGUAUUUUCUGAGCAAGCAGUUCCAGUCUUCAUUCCCAGAGCCUCGAGCCAAGCCAGGCAGCAUUUCCGACACAUUGCUUGAGCAGUGUUUCCUCCCUCGCCUGCUUCUAUCCAAAGCUGAUGCCGAGUAUACCUACAAAUUCAUCAAAGCGCUUCACGAAGGGAAUGCCCCAGGCUUUCAGUUGAUGUCUCUUUACGACCGGCUAUUCAAUGCCAACCGCUUGAGGUCUCUUAUAUUCACAUCAACUGUUAUGGAGGCUGAGUACCUUGGUCGUUUCUUGAAGCUGAUCUUGGAAGAUUUGUCACGCUGGCACAAGAACGCACCAGUCCCCAAUGAGAAGGAUAAGUCUAAAGAUCAACCCAGGUUGGGUGCGUAUGAUAAGGAAGGCAAAGGGCCGAGCGAUCAGCCUCGUCUUGGAUUUGCUCUAACUUUCGACGACAACGGAAAGCCCUUGACAUUUGUAGAGCACGAGCAAUUCCGCGAUAUGCUGUUCCGCUGGCACAAGAACCUAAAUAGUGCUCUCCGUUCUUGUUUGGAAGGUGCGGAAUGGAUGCACAUUCGAAACGCUAUCACAGUAUUGAAGGCGGUCCUUGACUUCUUCCCUGCGAUCGACUUUAUGGCCUCCAAAUUUUCUUCACUCCUUCAGACUAUCACCAAACAAGAGUCUAUUGCAAAGCCAACACCGGAUAGUGAGGUUGGUGGACGUGUUGAUCUGUCAGUUGCUGCACAAGGUGCAAUGUCAGAAUUGCAGCGGAGGAAAAACAAAUGGGUCAUGGUACAGGCUUUCCGCCCUGGUGGUGCUGGACCUGCCCAGAACGAGUCAGAAAAGGCAUCUCUACGUGCAACCGCGCCAGAGUUCAAGCCUGGCUCCGCAAAGCCCUUCAGAGGAAAACAAAACACAACAGAAGAGGAAGAUGGGGAGGUCAAGGAUUCAAAGGAUUCAAAGACCUCUGGAACUGAUUCGACAAAGCCUACAGGUCCUGCGAAGGACUUGUUACCGGCCAAGCCAGGGUCGUCCCGAGAGUCCAACUCGACCAAGCGUGAUCAAACACCUUCAGGGCCCCGCGCUGCAAACACAAAUUCAGGAGCUGGUACAUCCGGGAAGCAUGAUUCUCGGCCUAAUACGUUGCCUGAACGCCCUCCCCAUACCCUCCCCAGUCGACCUGAUGUGCCUAUCCCUGCCCACUACACUCCUGAUCGAUUCAACCAAUCUAGGAGUCAUGAGCGUCGUGACGGAAAGGAACCACGAGAUUCACGCUCCAGAGAUUCACGAGAGCCUAGGGAAGCUCGUGACACUAGGGAUCAGCGAGAUUCUAGGGAGACACGCGAACCACGAGACCAACGAGAUUCGCGAAAUUUCGAUCCUGCUCGUCCAGAUCGUCCUCGCGAGUUCCCUGACCGACGAGCACAGGAACACGGUAGAGAGCCGUCUAGAUCUGACGGAGGGCGUCGCGGCGAACACGAGCGAGAACGGCCUAGAGAUGCGAAGAGCAGCAGAGGCCAUGAUCAUGGUCGUCUGAAUGACACCCCGACCUCAGCUCCUACUGCACCUGCCGCUGCUGAGGCAGCCGAACCCCAUAUCAAUCCAGAGAGAGCUGCUCUAUUUGCUCAAGAUAACAAGCAAACUCGUGCGCCUGACUCUGACCGAGGUAGGGGCCGCAAGACCGCUCCUGUUGAGCCACUUGACACGAUCAACCCAGAGAGGGCGGCGUUGAUAGGCAACAAGGAUAGCACGCCAUCGCGUGCCCCCAGGAAUGAAACCCGAGAACAUAACUCUCGUGUCCAAUCACCUCGACGCGGUGGUCGUGAAGAACGACUUGACCGAAACUAUCCCGUGGAACAUCGACCCUCUGGACGAGAUCCUCGAGAGCGUUCGCCGCUGCCAGGAAACUACCGUGGAGACAGGUCGAUGGACCGCGAGAACGAACGACCUUCUGCACCCAAGGGCCGUGACGCUCCUGGUUUCCAUGGUGCUUCGGCGCGUGCCUCUGAGCCUGAUCACAAGCCCGCUCAUCAAGACGACUCAUACGGCCGCCUCAAUGCUAUUCAGCCUGUAGCCGAUAUUCCACAUGGCCCCAAGGCUCGUGGACGAGGUUCAACAAGAGGUCAUGGCGGACCACAAGCUCUGCCAGGUCGACUUGACGGUCGAUUUGCUGGUCCUGAAGCUGAGCGACCGCCCACUCCAGAUCGACCCCCUCCUACUGGCCCAUCUUCGGGAAGAGGGCGAAGAGGCUACGAGCAGAAUACUGGUCCAGUCACUCCUGCUAGCACACCUGGAGGCCCCGGGGGCAGACUUAGAAAUGCUGGCCCUAGCCAAAACAUGCCUUCUCCCGCGUCGGUCAAUGCAACUCCCACAGGCGUUCAUCCCGAGCGUCUUGCUCAGAUCGGUGGUGGCGGUAACUCGCUGCCUCCCCCUCCCCCUUCGGGACAACCACCUCAUGGGCCCAGCAAUAGCCAUGGGCAUGGUCGACAGUCCAUGGGCGGAACAAACACUCCCGAUCGUCCCAGUUCUGGUCCGCGACAAACACCUGGAGGAUAUACUGGGUCUCCAGUUGGUGAACCCAAUGUUCCAACCGGACCGGCUUCUAGCGAGCGUCGCAGUGGUGGCCGAAGGCAGCUUGCGGGCAUCAAUAGCACUUUGCAACAAGCCCAAGCCAACAUGCCUGAUACAACCCGAAGCAGCAGCGGAAGGAGAGGCCAGGCACGCCAACCCCUUGGUGGUGGCUCAGAUGCUCAAGUCUUGACUGGGGGUUCGCCGGCCACCACACCAGCACAGGAACGUCCAGAUCCGGUCAGGAACGAAUCUUCAAGUCGAGCGCCUGCCAAUGGAGAUGAAAGCUCAGGCCGCGGUGAGCAUGAGCGUGGCCGACGCGAUCGCGACAGCCGAUCAAACAGAUCUUCGCGUCGAGGAAGCCGUGAUCGCGACCGUGAUCGAAGUCAAGGUCGAGACAAGGAACAUCGUGAACACCGUGACCGUCGCUCAGGGGCUGGAGAGAGUGGUAGGGAAGAGCGUGAAUCCAGACGCUCCAACAGAGAACCUAGCGGCGCUCCACGCGAACCAAUGGGGCCUCCUCCUACCGGAAGAGAUCUUGUACAGGGCCGCGACGGUCGACAUAGAGGUGAUAGUCAAAGCAGCCGCAGCGGUGAAGACUGGGCAAACAAUGGUAGAGGAGGACGAGGUCAACGUGAGGGAGGUUUACGACCAGACGAUCGCCGCGACGGACGAGAUGACCCUCGUGGGCGGAAGAGGAGAAGCGAGGGAGAUGCAGGGUCACAGAAUGAUCGAGAGAAGCGGGCCCGACGAUGA